AUGGACAGUAGCAACCAAGACAUGUUUGCAACUCUCACAAAUGAUCUCCUCGUCCUUAUCGUCAGUAAUUUACCAUUCAAAGAAGCAGCAAGAACAAGCAUCCUCUCUAAGCAAUGGCGCAACGUUUGGCCAGAGACCACCACCCUAGAGUUCAAUGAGAACUUCUUUGUAAAAUUUCAAGAAAAUGAAGAAACCCAAAUCAUUCAAAGGAUUGUUUUCUUUGAUUUCGUCUGGAGUUUCAUUGCAAACUACCCACAAAGGGCAAUUCAGAGUUUUGCAUUGGCUUGUUCACAGCCACAAGAUUUCCUUGCAGACAUUCAAAACUUCGUGAUUUUCGCCGUCUCGCUAAAUGUGAAGGAGCUGGAGCUAGAUUUCUCUGAUCCUAGAUGGAAUGAAGACGAUCUUGAUAAUCAUCUAGCAGUAGCUGAAUUGCCUUUCCAGGCUUAUCACCAUGUGGGUCUUGAAUCACUGAAGAUGUUCUCAUGCAGCAUUGAUGUGUCUAGGGUUUCCAAUUUCACCACCCUCAAGGAUGUCUCUUUAGGGUGGAUAAAGAUAAGUAUAACUUUCAUUAAAUCCUUUUUGGUGACUUGUCCAUUGAUAGAGAGUUUGAGUUUAAAGAAAUGUUGGAAUGUGAUUGAGCACUUUGAGAUUUCUUUACCAAACUUGAAGUUAAAGAAUUUGAUUCUUGAUAAGUGCAAUUUUAUUCAUGACAUGGUCUGGAUUGACGGACCAAAGAUAAAGUUCUUGAAGUAUUCAGGCAAAAUUGGUUAUUUUCACUUGUUGGAUCAACGUGAUAUGGCAGAGGUUGAUCUUGACUUUGGAAUGGAGAAUGAAUUUGAAGAAGUUGGCGCCGUUCUUUAUGACAUCCUGCAAGAGCUUUAUUCUGCUCGAAUAUUGACUGUGUGCAGUGUUUUUCUUCAGACUGUAGCACAAGGAGCGGAACCAUUAGGUUUACAUGCUCCCAUUGAUGUCCGCCAUCUGAUCUUAAAAACUGCAAUGCACUUGAAUGAAUUUCAUGGGAUCAGAUUCAUGUUAUGUAGCUGCCCUCUUCUAGAGGUCCUUACUUUUGACAUAGGCCCUCGGAAAAUUUUCCCUAAUUAUGUGCCUCCUUCUGAGCUAAAUCCUCAUGAAUUCUGGUCAAAUAACAUAAGGGUUCAAGAGUGCAUUCGCAGCUCCCUUCAAGUGGUGAAUGUCAAGGGUUUCAAAGGGACAUCGAGUGAACUCUAUGUCUUGAAAUACAUAAUCUGCUAUGGCCGCCAACUUCAACAACUUAAUCUCUACAUCUCCAAUGAGGAAGGCGAAAAUAGUGAGAACAGAGAGACAUACAUGGAAAGAGUUGAACAACUUAGGCAGUCCAGGAACUCCUCCCCCAACCUCCAAAUCUUCGUCUUCUAAAUCUCUGUUUUCUUCUGAUAUAUGUGAAUUUGUUGAAGUGUCAUUCGGCUGAAGCUAUAAUGGUCUUG